AUGGCCUCGUCAGGACCGCCGACUUAUCGCUUGAGGCGAAUCCCUCCUCGCAUCACGGGUCAGGGUCUCAGCCUUGAGCGCUUCUUAUGCCAAGUCAUCCCUGGUCUCAGCCUUCAACAGCUUCACAUAGCUUCAUUGGCGCCCACUCCAGAUGACCACAGAAAGCCACCAAGUCAAACAGCAACUCUUCAGAUCUUCGACCCGGUUCCUCCCUCGAUUACGUUCGACUGCAAUGGCGAGUGUACCGUUGGAAUUCCCGGCGAAAGUCGUCCCCUUGUAUUCGACACUCAUUUCUUGGGCUUCACACCCCUUAAUGCUGUUGACUCCGGAAAACACGCAUUUGACUUGGUUGCUCUUUCCGGUCUUGCCAGUUACCCUUUUGGGUCUUGGAAAAAGCAUGUCACAAAUCCAGCUUCCCAGCAGCCCACGUUCAUGUGGCUGCGCGAUCAGUUAUCCCACGACUUUCCUGACACUCGAAUCAUGAUAUACGGUUACGAUACAAAGCUGUUGAAGAGUGAAUCGUUCCAAACUAUCGACGAUCUUGCUCUCUCUUUUAUUGCAAAAUUGAGGAGCAUCGGGAAGACUCAAACAUUCACAAAGCCGCUUGUGAUCUUUGCCCCCAGUCUGGGAGGUCUCCUGAUCAAGCGGGCACUUUGUCUACUAGCCGGUAGUGGUGAGUCCGAAACUUUCAUGCUGGGUCAAAUCCGCCUUGUGGUUCUCUUUGGCGUCCCAAGUGCCGGCAUGAAGGUGGAACACCUAUUACCCAUGGUUGAUGGCCAGCCGAACCAGUUCCUGGUCCACUGUUCGGCAGAAGAUGACCCGCAUGAAUUCCUACAAGGUCUGAGUGACUCGUUCUACGGCUUAACACGGUUGCGCCAAAUCCGAGUGAUUUCAGCCUACGAAACAGAAAGAACACGCACAGCAAAGGAGAUAAGUCCAGGGGACUGGCGGCGUGCUGGAGAGUAUGUCAUCCUUGUCCCACGAGAGUCCGCCAUUCAGAAAGGCUCACGUCCCGAGGACGUCCUUCCUAUCGAUCGCGAUCACUCCAGUAUGGUGAAAUUCACGCAGGAAGACGUCCAUUACGCUAGCAUCAAAACUUUCCUUCUUGACGUUCGAGCUUCGGAGUGCAUAUCCUCGGACAGCCGCUCGAAGUCUAAUAUGGCAGCCAAAGGGGUAUCCAGCCAGGAAAUCCGGAUGCAAAGCGAUCAGGCUGAUGAAUCAACAGUGAUUGAGGACGGUCUUACAAGCCUCGAAUUUGCGGGAAUGCGAUACAGAGAAGAUCAUAUCACGACUGUCCAGGGAGGAUCCUAUGCGUGGUUAUCUGACCGUGCUGUAGGACUUCGGUCUUGGUUUCUGAGCGACGACCGAAUCUACUGGAUCCAGGGCAAACCAGGCUCCGGCAAAAGCACGCUGAUGAGAUAUCUCUCCCGAAAUCUCGACAGAAUAUUCAUGAAUGACGCUAGCAAGCACUUCGAAUAUCUAUGGUUCUUUUUCUACGCACGAGGCUCCUACCUACAGAAGUCAUUCGAGGGGCUCUUGCGAUCGGUCUUAUACCAGUUGGGCCAGGCGAACCCGUUGAUCGCACAAAUAAUUGGUGACCAAUGCAAGGCAAAAGAUCCCGGAAUGCGAAACACAUGGACAGACGGAGAACUAAUGUCGAUUUUUGAACUUGUCAGAGAGCAAAUCACGGUCGAGCGUCCGGUCGUGCUGUUCCUUGAUGCACUCGAUGAAUUCAAUGGAUACCCAGAAACAAUAGCCGACUUCCUCAGCAGCCUCAGCUCCAAUACAGGUCAUACAAAGUCGUUAGAUAUCAGAAUUUGCUUCUCAAGCAGGCCCUGGGAUGUUUUUGUGGAGCGUUUCGACAAGUGUUGUGGUAUCAGAUUGCAAGAUUGGAGUCGGGCAGAUAUUGUGCGAUAUGCAGACGUUCGGAUCCAGAAAAUUCUGGAUCCCGCUCCUCUCGACAGUCCUACCAACCUCAUCGAGAAAGGAUCGUGA